UUUCAAUCAAUCGCCCACCUUUUCCUUCCUUCCCUCUCGCCACUUCUGCCCUCUUCGGUUUCGCCUGGCCUCCUCCCCCUCCUCCGCAUUCCUGCUCCUCCUCCUGCCAAUGGCCGCCGCCCGGGGGUCGUCGUAGGUAGGAGCUUCUCCCGGCCGCCCCUCCGCCCGCCCGCCAGCGGGGCGCUCAGGCACUAGUUCGUCCCUUCUGUAAACUGGCAAGAUGCAGCCGCAGCGCCCACAGCCCGAGGACUACUCCUUGAAAGAGACAACGCCUCACCUUGGGGGUUUUAUGGCAGCAGGUGACAAGCGAACUAGCACAUAUGACCUUGUGGAGCAGAUGCAGUAUCUCUAUGUGCGUGUUGUCAAAGCCAAAGAUCUCUCUGCCAAAGAUGCGACUGGGAGCUGUGACCCAUAUGUGGAGAUCAAGCUUGGUAAUUACAAGGGAACCACCCGUUACUUCGAGAAGAAUGCUAACCCAGAGUGGAAUCAGGUCUUUGCCUUUCCCAAGGAACGCAUCCAAUCCUCCUAUGUCGAGGUCGUUGUCAAAGACAAGGACUUUGGUAAGGAUGAUUUCAUUGGGCGAGUUGUGUUUGACCUCAAUGAAGUUCCAAAGAGAGUUCCGCCUGACAGCCCGUUGGCACCAGAGUGGUACCGUCUUGAGGGUCGCAAGGAGGGAAAGGUAGGGGAGCUCAUGUUGGCUGUCUGGAUGGGUUCACAAGCAGAUGAAGCUUUUCCAGAAGCAUGGCAUUCUGAUGCUGCAACUGUCCCUAGUGAUGGUCUUGCCAGCAUAAGGUCUAAGGUGUAUUUAACUCCUAAACUUUGGUAUCUCAGGGUAAAUGUUAUUGAGGCACAAGACCUGAUACCAAGUGACAAGAACCGACAUCCUGAAGUUUAUGUGAAAGCUACACUAGGGAAUCAGGUCUUGAGGACAAGGAUAUGGGCAAACAAGAAUGCUAAUCCCAUGUGGAAUGAGGAUUUGAUGUUUGUGGCAGCUGAACCAUUUGAGGACCACUUGACUCUGAGCGUUGAGGACCGGAUUGCACAGAACAAGGAUGAGGUAUUAGGAAAAGCAAUUAUUCCACUGCAGAAUGUAGACAGGCGGCUUGACCACAGGCCAGUACACAGCCGAUGGUGUAAUCUUGAGAAGCAUGUGUCUGGAGAUGGGGAACAGAAGAAAAAAGAUGCCAAGUUCUCUAGUCGUAUUCAUGUCAGGAUUUCUCUGGAUGGUGGGUAUCAUGUUCUGGACGAGUCAACGCAUUACAGUAGUGAUCUGAGGGCCACUGCAAAACAGUUGUGGAAGCCUAGGGUUGGGGUUCUUGAGCUAGGAAUCUUGAAUGCUCAGGGUUUACUGCCAAUGAAGACAAAGGAUGGGCGUGGCACCACGGAUUCUUAUUGUGUUGCAAAGUAUGGGCACAAAUGGGUUAGAACAAGGACUAUCAUUGACAGUUUCAACCCAAAAUGGAAUGAGCAAUACACUUGGGAUGUGUAUGAUCCAUGCACUGUUAUAACAAUUGGUGUGUUCGAUAACUGUCACUUGCAAGGAGAGAAGGCAAAGGGUAACAAUGAUGGUAGAAUUGGCAAGGUAAGGAUCCGUCUGUCUACUCUUGAGGCUGGUAGGGUCUACACCCACUCUUACCCUCUUAUCAUUUUGCUUCCUACGGGGGUGAAGAAGAUGGGUGAAGUGCAGCUUGCUGUGCGGUUCACAUGCUCCUCGCUAGUAAACAUGAUACAGAUGUACUCUCAGCCGCUGCUGCCAAAGAUGCACUAUAUUUACCCUCUGUCUGUCACACAGCUUGACAAUCUGAGGCUCCAGGCUACUCAGAUGGUCUCGAUGAGAUUAAGCCGUGCCGAGCCACCUCUCAGGAAGGAAGUUGUUGAGUACAUGUUGGAUGUGGAUUCUCACAUGUGGAGCAUGAGGAAGAGCAAGGCAAACUUCUUCAGGAUUAUGAAACUAUUGGCUCCCUUGGUUGGUGCUGCUAAGUGGUUUGGUCAGAUUUGCGAAUGGAAGAACCCACUGACAACUGUGCUCAUUCAUGUCCUCUUCAUCAUCUUGGUGCUGUAUCCAGAGCUGAUCCUUCCAACAAUAUUCCUUUACCUGUUCUUGAUAGGGAUCUGGUACUACCGGUGGAGGCCGAGGCAGCCACCUCACAUGGACACCCGUCUUUCACAUGCAGAAACUUCCCACCCUGAUGAGCUUGAUGAGGAGUUCGAUACUUUCCCUACAUCUCGUUCACAGGAUCUUGUCAGGAUGAGGUAUGAUCGGCUGAGGAGCAUUGCUGGCAGGGUGCAGACACUUGUUGGUGACCUGGCAACACAAGGUGAGAGACUGCAGUCCCUGCUGAGCUGGCGCGAUCCAAGGGCUACUGCCAUCUUUGUGACCUUCUGCUUGAUCGCCGCUGUCGUGCUGUACCUGACGCCGUUCCGCAUAGUCGCGUUCUUUGCUGGGCUGUAUUUGCUGAGGCAUCCUAGGUUCCGCCACAGGCUUCCAUCUGUUCCCCUCAACUUCUUCAGGAGGUUGCCGGCGAGAACUGACAGCAUGCUGUGAGAUCAUGAAGUGCAGACGGAUCAGAGUUUUGCUACUGCAUUGGUGCCAACAAUUCAUUGAUGGAACUGGCUCUGAGCUGCUGUAUGCUGCAAACCUGAAACCUGCAGACAAUUUUUUGCGCAAUUGAAUCUUUAUUGUUUGUUAAUUUUACUUUUGAUCUCUUCUAGAGUUGGCACCAGAUUGACCUAUUAUCUAGCAUGAUCUGCUACUGCCUGUUUGUUGUUUUGACCUAGAUAUUCCCUGACCUAUUAGUCCUGCUGUCAUGAUUGACUUUUAGCUGUUAUGUGUUUGUAUUUUGUCACCUGCGUCUGUACCUUGAUUCCCUGCCCCUUAAUGUCCGAUCGAGUAUUGACUUGA